AUGGUAUUGGUGGAGGUGGACCCAAUUCAGAAGAAUCAGAAGAAUCAGAGGGGGAUUGACGAUCUUAUCGAGGAGCUGGUUCGGCACCGGGCAUGGAAAUAUACAUUUCUGGUCCUGUCUAUCUGUAUCACUCAGUUUUACUCCUCUACCAGUGCCUACCUUACUUCAUUCGCAGGAAUUGAUCCGGAGCCUGGCGACAUUUGGUCCUGCAAAUCCGAAAAAUGCAAGUCUAUGACGACUGCUAAUCCCACAUUACUAGAAGAAUUUCCUUGCGACAUCACCAAAAUUGUGGAUGGCAACGUAGAGUUGGUUUUUGAACCGUCGGACAUAAUAUGGCAUCUUGAGCGCACCUCAUUUUCAGCAGAGUUUGAUUUGUACUGCGAUGUUGGAUCCCGAAGUGCACGAAAAACACUUGUAGCCUCCAUGUUCUUCGUAGGAUCUCUGUUUGGACUCAUAGUUGGAGGUUACGCGUGGGACCAUAUCGGGAGAGUGAGGGCAGCGAUGUUUGCUAUUUGUAUCACAAUCGUUGCGCAUCUGUUGGGAACGUGGUGCCAUAAUUACGGUUUCCUCCUUGCGAUCAGAUUCUUCACUGGUUUCGGAGAUUUCAUGACUUACACUGGAACAUACAUACUACAAAUGGAACUGACGUCAGUCAAGUACCGAACCCUUGUUAAUGCUCUUGUCUGUAAUCUUCACGUAUUUGUGUUUCUGAUCGAGUCACCGCGGUUUCACCUCGUCAAUAACGAUAUGGAAGCAGCAAAGAAGUCGUUGAAAGCGCUAGCUGCUCUAACUACAGCUAAUCUGGACGUAGAUGGAAUUGAGAUUAUAGAUACGGAGAAGGUGAAUGCAAGGGAACAGACUGCCAUCCAGCAGCUGAAAGACCUGUGGACUUACCCUGUACUUCUUAAGGAGGGCCUAUGCCUGGUACCUCUUUGGUUCUUCAUCACCUUGUUCUACUACGGGUUUAACUUUGCAUGUGACAUGAUUCUGCCUUGGAACCUUUACUCUGGAUAUCUGAUGGCAGCAGUUGGAGAGACUAUAGCGUGUCUGAUUACCAUACCAGUGGUACAAUGGAUGGGAAGGAGAAGGGCCAUGAUUAUCUUCCAGAUUCUUUCGGCCCUGGUGUUCCUGAUUGCAGUAGCGGAUGUGGAUUUAGGCAACGAUUGGGGAUUGGAUAGUGUUUGUUCUCUGGUAGGUUUGACGAUCGUUACCGGGAAUUUUUAUAAUAUCUACCUGUGGACGUCAGAGCUUGCUCCGACAUCUCAUCGAGGGUUUGCUUUCACUAUUGGGUCAGGAGCUGCUAAGUUUGGAGGCUUUGCCGGACCCUAUAUCUUCAACAACUUGGGUCCAGCUACAACUAGAGCAGUUCCCUGGAUUCUCCUCGCUGUCCUUUCGCUUCUCUGUGCUUUGGCAGCAUUUUUCUUAGUUGAGUCGGCAGACAAGGCGAUAGUUAAUGUACCCGAAGAAGUUAAGGAGAGAAGAAAGGACUUCAGAUAUAUGAUCUAG